AUGUGUUCUAUCAGAAAAAGACAUAUUUGGAAAUCCCGAAUUUUUGUUAAAGUCGAAGCCAACAAUAAUACCGUCUUACCCUUCAUCAAAUGUAAAAAGAUGUUCCCGAUUCGCUGCAUUAGACGACGGUCCAUGGAUUUUAUUCUGAAGGGGGUUAUUCUCACAACGAUAUGUUUGUUCAUUGUCCAUAUGACCUCAUCUUAUCCGAAAGGAGGGAUUAGUCAAAGGACACUCGAUUCUAUGCAAAACCAGCAACAGACGCCUGUACCUGUAAAGAAAAGAGAGAAUUUCGAGGAAAGCAUUGAUAGCAAUGUGGAACAACAAUCAAAGAAAGAUAAUCCAUUUGUUGCCCAGCCAACAGUGAAGAGUUUACAGCCUGCUGCAAAAAUGGAUCGUCCUUCUAGAGAAGAAGAAUUCUACAAAAAUGUUAUAAUCCAUUUCGACCUAAAAGGAGCCCCACCAAAAGUGGAUUACUUCCUGGAAAUGUUGAGAUUGAUUGCGAAAGGAGGAGCCACUGGGAUACUUCUAGAAUGGGAGGAUAUGUUCCCAUGGACUGGAAAAUUGGAACAAUUCAAAAAUACAGAUGCUUAUUCGGAUGAUGAUGUUGAUUCAAUUUUGAAUGAAGCUAAGAAUCUAAAGCUAGAUGUGAUUCCUUUAGUUCAAACUUUUGGACAUUUGGAAUGGAUUCUAAAAUAUGAGGAGAUGCGAAAGUUCAGAGAGAAUGACGCUUAUCCACAAGUUUUGUGUCUUGGAAACGAAGAAGGAGUUGAGUAUGUGAAGGAGAUGAUUCGUCAGGUUGUGAAGAAACAUUCCAAAUAUGGUAUUCCAUUUUUCCAUAUUGGAGCUGAUGAGGCUUUUGAGUUUGGAGUUUGUCAAGAAUCUCUGGAUUGGAUUAAAAAGAAUGGAAAGACGGGAGGAAAACAGUUGUUGGCACUGGCUCAUCUGAAGGCUAUUGCUGAGUUCGCCAAACAAGAAAUUAAUGCGGACGCUCAAAUUCUCGCUUGGCACGAUAUGCUCAAAGACUUUGACCCGCGUCUUAUCAAAAACCUGGAACUGGGUCAAAUCGUUCAACCCGUAGUUUGGGAUUACUCCGAAAAUAUUAUAACAUUGAACGACUACAUCUUCUCCACACUGGCGGAUAACUUCCCUACCAUGUGGGCCUCGUCGGCUUACAAAGGAGCAAACUAUCCAUCAGCAUCUGCAUCAGAAGUGAGACAUUACGAAACAAAUAAUAGAAACUGGAUUAAAACCAAACAGGCACAAGAGAGAAAGUUCAAGAACGGACUCCAAGGUAUAAUCAUCACUGGAUGGCAGCGCUAUGAUCACUUGGCUGGACUUUGUGAGACGCUUCCAAUUGGAACAGCUUCCAUGAUGCUGCAAAUGCAAAUCGCUUUGAAUGCUCCAUCUACCGACAUGGAAACAACUAGGCGGCAAGCUGGGAAGCUCUUGGGAUGUCAAGGUUUUAAUGUGGAUGGAGUUACCAUCGUCAGUAAUCAAUGCAAUUAUAAAGGAUUCCAAACUUAUGUAAUUUAUCAAAGUGAAGUGCCAAAUCUAUUUAGUAGAAUCAAUGGAGAACUGGGCAAAAAUCAUCAUUUGAUGGGAUGGGCCAAUCGCUACAACAAGAAAUACAAUAUCUCUCAAAACUGGUAUCACAAGGAAAUGCUUCCAUUUGUUCAAUCACUUGUACAACAAUAUGAACGAGUUGAAAAUGAUCUCAGAGCAUCAAUGAAGGAUCUGUUUUUCGACAACACAAUUGACGAGUUUAUAUACGAGAAUCUCGGAGAAAUGUCAGAGAAACUCCAUGGCUAUGUGGACGAAAUUCAACGACUGGAUAAACUUCGUGCUUGGCCAAAGAGGCAUUUCCCUAUCAGGAAGUAG